CUGUCGCUCUCUCCCAAGCAUGAAACUGCGUGUGCGGAUGAACAAGCAGACCAACCGGGUGGAGCUGGAGGGAGAGGAGCCCACUCUGACAGAGCUCAACGUUCAAAUCAGAGAGAUCCUUCUGCCUUCACAUGGACUCAGCCCAGACACAGAGUUCACCUUGUCCCUGAAUGGUUCAGAUCUUCUAUCUGACUCUGGUCAGACUUUGUCCUCCUGUGGCAUCGUCUCUGGGGACCUGGUCUGUGUCAUCCUACCUCCAUUGGUGGCUGUGCCCUCCGCCGCCUCUGCCCCCUCCGCUGCCCCUGCCCCCUCAGCCCGCCAGGCCCCCAGCGGUAGCAGCAGUAGUUCUGGGGUGUACCAAGCUGUACCCCCACCAGCCCAAUGCUCCAGUGAGGCCAGCACCGUCAGGGGGGUGGAGCCUCAACAGGAAGUGGUCAGAGGGGAGGAGCAGGAAGAAGAGGCAGGUCGGUGGGUGUGGGAGCCCAUGCUGUGUGGGGAGGCAGAAGGGGGGAAGGUACCCCAUUCCCUGGAAGUUCUGCACCACCAGGCUCAGAGCAGCAGUACCUGUGAUGCCCUGAUGGUGGCAGUACACCUCCUGAUGCUAGAGACAGGCUUCCUGUGCCAGGGCCCUGAGGUGCGUCCUGGUGAGAUGCCAGCAGGAUGGAGGGCACCAGGAGGCCUGUACAGACUGCAGUAUGCCCAUCCUCUCUGUGAUGGCAGCCUGGCCACAGUCCUAGCUGUACCAAUGGGACCCAUUCUGGUCAUCAACGCCACCCUGAAGAUGAACCAGCAGGUGGACACAGUGAGAAAACUGUCGCUGAAGCCCUCCACCUAUGUGACUGACCAGUGGACAGGUGACAGUGCAGCGGCCGUCUACACAGAGCUGAGGAAGCUGUCCCGGAUCUUCAAAGACCAGAUGGUGUAUCCUCUGAUAGCUGCAGCCAGAGAAGCCAUGGCCCUGCCGGCAGUGUUUGGCCUGCCAGUCCUUCCUCCGGAGCUGUUACUGAGGGUGCUGAGACUGCUGGACGUCUCCUCUCUCCUGGCCCUCUCCUCAGUCAACAGACACCUCCACCAGGCCACCACAGACCCUGCCCUCUGGAGACACCUCUACCACAGAGACUUCAGGGACUGCCAAGACCACAGCAGAGCCAGAGACACUCAAUGGAGAGAGCUCUACAAGAGGAAGUACAAGUGGAAAAGAGAAGCAGCUAGUUAUCCCCGCCCCCUGCCCCGUUACCACCCUGCCCCCCCACCCCUCUACCCCCUCCACCCCCUCCCCAACAGCCCCUUCCCCCUCUACCCCCCUGGCAUCAUUGGUGGGGAGUACGACCAGAGACCUGGCUUCCCCGGUGGCAUUCUGCCCCGCCCCCGCUACGACCCCAUUGGUCCGCUCCCAGGUCACGACCCCCACAGCAGGAGGGCUGAUUGGACGAAGGGGGCUGAGGCCUGCUGGGAACCGGCCGGCUGACAUCAGAAGAGGGUUCAUAUGAACCCCUGACCCCUAGUGGUGGUGUAGGAGAAUGACCACCACACAGAGGAGCCAUAAUAAAACAGAGGUGUGGAAGACUGAUUGAUUGAUUGAUUGAUUGAUUGAUUGAUUGAUUGAUUAGCCUACCUAUAUUUAAAUAACAAGGCACAAGCGUCCGUGCUAUAGUCACAGAUAAAUGGCGUUGUUCGGCCCGAUGCGCAACGGGUCUAGAAACACUAACCCGCAUCCAGCCUGCUUAUUGACCCCCCAAAACCUCAUCCAGGUGUUUUUAUAAAAACCUAUCCCCUGACCCAGAAUCAGCUUUAAAAACUAAUGUUCUCCUGUGUGUGUUAGUGAGUGAGGAGAUCAUAAUGAUCUGCUAUCUUCAUUUGAUCACGCUGUUGUUGCAGAGAAUUUUGCUGCACAGCAGGAAAUGCAAACUUGUAGUGUAUUAAAUUAAAAAAAAAGCCUUCUAAUGUUUUCCUGUGAGAAACUGGUCAAAUUAAGAUAGCAGAUCUGUGUGAGGAGUUUCUGUCUUCCACUAUGAAGACAUUUUUGUAAAGCACUUGUUUCCCGCAGACUAAAGCUUUCAAUUAAAAUGAGAAAUGGCAAUCGA